UGUGGCGGCUGUACUUCCUUUAAAGUUAAACCUUUUGUUGUCUUUAAACCUAAAAUGAAAAUGGAAAAAUUGACGAAACAUUUUCAAGUCCGAAAAUCACACUCUCUCUUCUCUGCUCUCGUGCUUCGCAAUCGCACUGUUCUCACUCAGAAAUGUAGCAUUGUUGAUACAAGAUUGGAAGUCAAAGAUUGGUAUGGUUUUUUACAACAUUGUAUUAUUAAAAAUGUUUCUUCAGACACAUUCUUUUCCACCUUUCAUAUCUGCGCCUCAAGAGCCACGAACAAUGAUGAAGUUGAGGAAAAGAAUGUGUCUGAGGAAACAGUUUUAAGUAAUACAAGUGGAGAUGAGCAUUCUGAUGUUCAAGAAGAUAAGGCAUGUGCCACUGGAGUUGGUAAGCAACAUAAAUAUGGCUAUGUUCCCGUGUUCAAACCAAUGGAGUCACAAGCCUAAAAAAAUGUUGGAAGCAAGAGUUGGUAAGCAACAUAAAGAUGAAAAUUUUGAACCUGCAACAUUUUUUUUUUAUAAUUAUUUUUAUGUAAUAUAUCUCAGCUAUUUUAGAGAGAGUGAUGCAGAGUAUCCGGAUGCGAUCUCAACCUUCCUCACUGUAUGUUUCUUAUUCUUAGUAAUUCUGUGAAAAAUUAUUUAUGACUCUAUUUGGUCACUUACUUGACUUGAGACACAACUUAUGACUUUCCUUUUCAGAAGCUUGGUAGAUAGAUAGGCGAAAAAUUAUUCCAGGGAAGAUGGUGAGAGUAAUAUGAGAAUUUACUGAAUGAGAAAAAAUUAGUUUGCGCAUUACAAUCACAUUUUGAGCAUUAGUUUCCUUGAAAGUAACAAAUACACUGAUUUUAACUGAUCAUGAUUCGGCGCAGUAAACUGAUCUUAACGAAUAAUAAAUGGUAAUACUGUCCUCUGUUAACUAAUCAUGCCUUGCUACUGUAAUUGAGAUUGGAAUAUAGUUUCCUUUAUGAAAUAUGAAUGUUUGAGCAGGAUGAAAAGAAGGUAUAGUUUUAUUUUUUGUGUUCUGCAUCCAUUGAUUAAUGGAUAAUCUAGCGAUUGUAUUAUUUAAUUUUGACCUUUGAUAUUUGUAGCAACUGCCAAAACAUUUCCAAUUUUCCUUAAAUGUUUCUGGUUGUGUUAAAUCCAUAUUUUUAUUCUUUGAAUAUAUUUGGACAGGUAUAGAUAGGUAACCUAAACCGGAGGAACUUAAUUCUGCUAGCACAUAUACUGCUACACGGUCAAUGUGAUGGGGGGUGAAGAAGAGAUAUGUUUCAGUUAUUUGAUCUAUCUGCCGUCUCUUGCUUGCUCUCAUUGUAAAUUAUGAGCAUAGGACAUGAUAAACUGUCAUUUUGCCAAUUUAUCUUUUGGAAUUUGGGUGAACUUUAGGGAAAGGAAUCCAGUACUUGUUAUUUAGUCUUUUUGAUAAAGAUAUACAGGACUUGGUCCUGAAUUAUUUAUGUACACUCACUUAUGGUGAGAUAGCUCAUAAUGCUAUAGUUUAUUUGAAAGGCAAAGUUUUCUAUAAUGCAUCGAAGAACAACAGCUAUUCUGGUAUUAAUUUAGUAAAUGAUGAUUACUAUCGUUGCAUACUUCCCAUUAUCCUUUUUUUCAUAUCAGUUUUGUGUUGAUUAAUGGAUUGAUCCAAUACCUUUUCUACUGAAUAUCCUGAUAAUUUCAUGCUAUUUAUAGUUGGUUUGCUCUUUUUGUUGUUAUUUAAAAACUUAUUCAUUCUUUUCACACUGAGAUGACUCCAAUCUCAAUUUGCUUUCCAUUCUGAUUAGUUGUCAAAUUGUUGUGCAAUAUUUAUGUUUAAUUUAUACAUGCAAAACUUUUUAUAUAAAUAUUUGUGGAGAUAUUUUAAGAGUUAAUAUAGUAAGUGUAAUUAUGGAUUGAUUUGAUAAAAAUUAAUCUCAUUUUUCCCUCAUUACUUUUUUUACCAUUGUUUAUUGCAUCUCAAUGGAAAAUAUAAUGUGAGAAAUUUUGUUCAGGGACAUGAUUUUUAUGCAGACAAAGGGAGAGUCAUAUAAACGCAUGUUAAUUUAUAUUUUUCUAUUACAAAAUUGAAUAUUUAUGUUUGGUAUGGCAUUUACUUGCUUGUUUAAAUUGUUCAUUAUCUCCUAGGUUUGGUUUAAUGGCUUUUCAGGUUAGGCUAGUUACCUUCUGAGCACUAUUGUGUUUUAUUUUAUGCCACAAAUUUAUUAGUUCAAAUUCCUCAUGAAUGAAGCAACAAUUUUUCACAUAUGAUUUAUUAGAUUAUAUUGGUUGAGAAUAAUGGUCAAGUUUUUCUAGUUAUAAUGGUUGAGAAUUUUAUGGUUGGAUUUUUUAAUUACCUUUUUGAAAGUGAAUUACCGCUGGAGAUAAAUGGUGUUUAUUUUUUCUGUUAUCUAAUCUAGAUGACAUAUAUACACAAAUCUUAAAAAAGGCAAAAAAGAAUCCUUAAUUUGUAAUUGUCUUUUUUUAGAAUCACUUAUUAUAUUUGAAUGAGUUAACCAAAUCUUUAUUUGGCAGUUACUGGAAGGAAAGUGUUGUGGUCCAAUGUUGAUGUGGCAAAGGUAAUGGUUGGACUGCUUUUUUUGAGGUCAGAGAUUCUUUGUCCUAACUGGCUCACAACCUUGUACCAGAAAGCAAUCUUUAACUACACUCACUUCCAUCCCAAUAGUUACAGGAUUCUCUCUGUCUUUGAGAGUUGAGACCUUUUUAUUCUUCCUCUUCCUUUUCCUUUCCCUUUCAUUCUCAACUUAUUUUCUUCUUAGAGUUAUAUUAAGAUACAAGAAAAGAAAAGCAGAAGAGUAACUUUACUACCAUCAAAUCAUCUUAGGUGUGGCAAGUGAAUAUAAAAAAAAAUCAGAACAUGAUGAGAAUGGAUAAGCCACCAACACAUGGUACUACAACAGGUGAUUGUAAACCAUUAACAACAUUUGUUCAAACCAACACAGAUGGAUUUAGGGAAGUAGUGCAAAGGUUAACAGGUCCCUCCGAAGUCACAGCAACAAAAGAAGACCAAGCAACAAAGGCACCACCUCCUAUGAAGAGAACACCAUCAAAACUUCAUGAAAGAAGAAAAUGCAUGAAACCAAAACUUGAGAUAGUUAAACCAAGUUUUCAAUAUUAUAAACCAGGAAGUGCAUCACCUUCUUCUAAGUCAAGAAAUUCUAGCAUUCCUUCAAGUCCUGUAUCAGGAAGUGGAAGUUCUAGUCUUCUUCCAAGUCCUACCACUCCUUCAACAUUGUUCUCUCGGUUAACUAUUGUGGAAGACGAAAGGAAACAAGAGUUAAAUGAUAUUAACAUUGAAGAAGAAGAGAAAGCUAUCAAAGAGAGAAGGUUUUAUUUGCAUCCGUCGCCGAGGUCUAAAUCAGGCGGUUUCGGGGAACCGGAGUUACUUGUUUUGUUUCCCCUGGCAUCUCCUAAGGCAAGUGAGGAAGUAUAAUUUCAAGAAUGCUGCCAUUUUAUCUUCAGCAUGCUUCAAAUUAUAUUUACUAUGUAAGCACGAAUCAUUCGAAAGAAUAUAAAUUCAAAUCUUUGACUGAAAUAAUCAUAUGUCAAAUUUUAUCUGUUUCCCUGUAAAUUAGAGGGUUAAAAGAUAUGCUAAAAAUAUAUGAUGCUAUGUAUUUUUAACAAGGGAAAUAAAUUUGUAAUGUAUGCUUUCUUCAAUUUAUUUACUUCUUUUUUAUUAUGUAAUUAUGAAAAAUAUUUGUUGCAUACUAAAAUUGUAAGUAUAUAUAUUUGCUGAGGCCUACACUUAUUUCAUUUA